UGCUCUCACGUUAUUGAAAGCCUCUCCUUCCCCCCCACCCCACCUCCUUCACUUCCUCUUUGAUGACCACAGGACCGGGAUUAUAUUCUCGGGGAGGCGGCGGCGGCGGCGGCGUCAUCUUUUUUUCCCCGGAGUCAUCGUUGUCCUUGCUCUCAGCUCCCGGAGCGCACCGUGUGGCGUCUAGCGGGGAAAUAGGUUAGUGUGCCUGUUCGGCGGCGGCCGGCACACAAGAGGUGAUCGGAUGCGCUGCGCUCGGAGGAGACGAGGAAGAGGAAGAGGAAGGGGGAUGCCUUGCUACCGGUAGCCCGGCGAAGAAGGGGAAUGCUGGCGCCGCCGAACUCCGACCUUUAGCGAAAGGACGGACACGAGGAAGGAAAGCAACAGAUACAGACUUUUUUCUAUCUUUCUUCUUCUCUUUGUUUGUUUGUUGCCUCCUUGUUGACCAUGGACAUCAACCUGCAGUCGCACCGCUUUUACUUCCCCCAGAUCUACUGUGCCGAACCGGGGGGGGCGCAGCCGCCGCCGCAGAUCACUGAGUUCAAAGUCAGCGAGCAGAGCAUCUGCCAGGCCCGGGCCUCGGUCAUGGUCUACGAUGACACCAGCAAGAAGUGGGUGCCCAUCAAGCCCGGACAGCAGGGAUUCAGCCGCAUCAACAUCUACCACAACACUGCCAACAACACCUUCAGAGUGGUGGGCGUCAAGCUGCAGGACCAGCAGGUGGUCAUCAACUACUCCAUAGUGAAGGGCCUCAAGUACAACCAGGCCACCCCGACCUUCCACCAGUGGCGGGACGCCAGGCAGGUUUAUGGCCUCAACUUCGCCAGCAAGGAGGAGGCCACCACCUUCUCCAAUGCCAUGCUCUUCGCCCUCAACGUCCUCAGCGCUCAGGAUGGAGGUCCAGCUGUCCAGCGCCAAGUCCAGAAUGGACCGACUUCAGAUGAGAUGGAAGUUCAGAGAGCGAGGCAGAUGAGUGAGCAGCAGCAGCAAAUGCAGGCGCACAUGGAGCGGGAGCUUCGGUCGUCCAACUCAGGUUCUCCUUUCCAGGGCCACCCUGCUGUUCUCUCCGUGGCCCCCCCAGUAAUACCUCCUCCGAUGAACAUGGGCGGCCCUCCUCCCCCUCCGCCACCGCCGGGACCUCCGCCGCCAUCAGCUGGACUUCCGCCGCCAUUGGCGGCGGUGCCGCCGUCAGCAGCGGCGCCGCCGCCUCCGCUCCCACCUCCGCUUCCUCUGGGCGAAGGGAGUCAGGCGGACGACUCCCCCGACCAGACGGGCCUCGCCGCCAUGAUCGCCGGGGCCAAACUGCGCCGCGUUCAAAGACCCCAAGACGAGAGCUCUUCUUCAGGCGCCAAAAACGAUGCCAACCGCUCAAGUGGAGGCAGCGGAGGCAGCGGAGGCAGCGGAGGCAGCGGAGGCAGCGGAGGCAGCGGAGGCCUGAUGGAGGAGAUGAACGCUCUGCUGAGGCGAAGAAGGAAAGCGGCCUCAGAGAGGCCCGAGGACAGCCAGAACGACGACCCAAAUUCUCCGUCCCCCAGCACCCGGAGUGGACAGAAUUCCACAGAUGGUGCUAAGAAGCCGUGGGACCGAGCCAACUCCUCAGACAGGUCGGUGGUGUCAAGGGUACGGCCCGCGGGGGGCGGCAGCGACGCGGACUCGUUAGACCUCGAUAGAAUGAAACAGGAAAUCUUGGAAGAGGUGUUUCGCGAAUUGCACAAAGUGAAGGAUGAAAUCAUCGAUGCCAUUAGACACGAACUCAGUCGAAUUAGCACGUCAUAAUCUUCCAGAGCCACUUCCCCCCCCGACACGAACCACCUCUUUGAACCGUCGCCCUAGAAGGAGGAAGAGGAGGAAGAGAGAAGUCAGGAGGCCCAAACUGUGACAUCUACUCAUCCCCUUCAGCCGGCGUUGAAGCAACGCCAUGCGACCCGUCUGUGUAACAUUUGGUUUGUUUGGAUGUGAACCGGGCGCACACUUCCUCGGAUUUCCUCACAUUUUCUGUUUCUGGUUGUUCGCCCCUCGUUCCUCUGCCUGAAGAAAAGUGGAUAAAAUUCAUAUGGUUUUAUUGGUUCUUUUUUUCUCCCCACAUGUUUGUUUAAAACUUUGUAUUAUUGUUAUUAUUAUUACUAUCAUUUUUAUGAUUGUCAAUGUAAGGUUGAUAUGAAUUGUAGUAGUGUAGUGAGUACAAUGGUAAUAAUGAGGACAUUAUCAUGAGAAUAUGAUAAUGAUAAUGUCAAUAAUUAUGAUUGCACAUUAUUUUACGUCAGCCUUUUUUUAUUUUCUAUUGUUCUUUUUUCGUUUUGAGAUACAGUUUGCAAACACAUCUCCAAAAAUAUAUUCUCAUAAUUUAACCUGGAGCAUUUUUAAAAUUUAUUAUUUUAUUUAUCCCUUUGGCCGUGUGCGGAACCACAGCAGAAAAAUACACCUGAAGCCCAGGCUGGAAUAAACUUCUUUGGAUAUUGCGAUCUUAUAAACAAACAAAAAAAUAAUACACCAGAGUAUUUGUGAUCAUGUUGUUAAUAAAAUGUUUAUUGGCUGCAAGGAUAUGGUGAAGUAUUUUUCAUUUUAUUCUCUCCUUUUAAUACAAAGUGCUUCCUGGUUGACAAAAAAAAUAAAAUAAAAAAAAUGCACUAACUUUAAAAAUGAAUUCAAAUAAAACUGUGAACAAUGUCUUGGAUUAA